GCUGGCUGACUGAAGAAGACUCAGUGACUCUAAGCUGUAAGGUUACAGACUCCUCUACAGACUGGACAUUCAGCUGGUACACAGCUGUUCCCUACAGAGACGGCUUAACUCAAAUAAAACAUAAUCAUCGCUAUAUCAUGUAUGUGGAGCUCCUCUCAGACAGCAGCAGAGGAUCUGGAGGCAACUACACUCUCAGUCCUGCUGAUCUUAAUCACACAGGAGUUUAUAUGUGCAGAGGAGAGAGAGGAGAACCAGCCUUACACACACAGUACAGCAAUCCACAGCCACUAUGGAUCACUGGUGAAUCUCCUCCAGUCUCUCUGAUCAUCAAUCCCAGCAAAACUCAACACUUUACUUAUAACUCUCUCUCACUGAACUGUGAGGACCAGAUUAACUCUACUGGAUGGAGAGUGAGACGAUACACACACAGUGAGGGAGUGUUAGAUUGUUCAUGGUGGGGAUCAGUUACAGGAUCUACAUGUAAAAUCAGCUUCCUCUCCACAUCCUACACUGGAGUUUACUGGUGUGAGUCUGAAUCUGGAGAAAACAGUAAUCCUGUCAACAUCACAGUGCAUGCUGGUGAUGUGAUCCUGGAGAGUCCUGUCCAUCCUGUGACUGAGGGACAUCCUCUGACUCUACGCUGUUUAUAUCGAUACCCAAAUUCCUCAAACCUCCGAGCUGAUUUCUAUAAAGAUGGAUCAGUUCUCCAGACACAGACUACAGGAGAGAUGAUCAUCCGAACUGUCUCAAAGUCAGAUGAAGGUUUCUACCACUGUAAACACCCAGAGAGAGGAGAGUCACCGAAAAGCUGGGUCUCAGUCAGACGUGUGAAACCUUAUUCUAGAGCCAGUGGUGGAACAGCAGGAGUGGCUGUGGCUUUGGGAUUUUUGUUCAUCGCUUUACUGAUCUUAAUGAUCCUGCUGUGGUCCUACAAAAGAAAAAAAGAAAAUCAGACAUCAGAGCAGAAUCAGAGCCGGUCAGGAGCUGAAGACUCUCAGUCAGGACACACACCACUUCAGGCUGGAAGUGAACACAUUUAUGCCGCUGUAGAUCAGACAGAUACGAGUGGAACAGCUGCAGCUGAGAGCAGAGAAGCCAUUUACGCACAGGUCACGAAGAAAAAGAAGACAAACAGGAACAAUGGUGCUGAUGCUGAACCCGGUGUUACCGAUGUGACUUAUGCUGAGAUUAAACUAAAACCAAUGACAAAAGCAAAGAGAAUGAAAGAAAAGGCCGCUGUGGGUGAUGACACUGUGUACUCAGUGCUGCAGCAGAAGUGAGCCAUAUGUCUGUGAACACUGAUGAAGCAGAUGCUCCUUGUUUUCUGAGGCCCAACUUCUGCAAACCAGAGAAGAUGGCUGAACAAAUAUUGCCCAUCUUUUAUGCCAAGUUUGCAAUGGUAUGGGCGCUUGUACAGUAUCUGGACUUCCCGCUGGGUCACAAACAGGGCCAGCCUGCCUACAGCUGGGGAGCAUUUUGUCCAAAGUGGUGGAAUGGGACGACUGCUCAGUACAGCAGAACUAAAAAAUAUAUGCUUGGUUUGAUUCAGUUGCACAGCUAUGCAAAAUGAAAGGGAAAAUUAAAUACAUAAAAGUUUGGACGAACAGAACCUUCUCUUGAACUACUAAUUUCACCUUGUUGUAUGAAGACUCCAGUAAAUGCCUAAACGUCUAGACUGCACUAUUGCAUAUAUAACUGUACUGUUGUGUCUUUAAGAACGCUUGAGUUAGUCCUUACAAGAAAUGAACACAGUGAGCAUAUUACUCCAUUCUGUCUCAAUCUAAUUUGGCAGCCUUUUAAAUUCUACAUUGACUACAAAGUUAUUUUUAUUACAUUUAUACUGUAUCUCCAAAUGGUCUCACUUUGGCAUACCUUCUUUUAAAAGCAGUAUACCCCAUCCAGCAGGCCAAGGGUUAACCCUAAGGACCACUUGUAGCUCAGUUGGUGGAAAUGUUUGUGUUAUAUAGCUCCCAAACUCUGGAAUAGUUUUUCAAUCUAUGCAAUUUCUAUAUGCAAUAUCUAUAUGGGUUUUUUUUUUUUUUAAUAGAGAUAUUUUAUAAAGGUACUUGUUUAACUCUUGACUGUUUAUUGUCCAUGUUUAUCUUGUUAAAUAUACUUCAUGAUUAGUAGUAGCAUAUGUUUACAGUUAAGUCAUUACAGUUUUUCACAAUUGCUAACAAGCAUUUUUUGGCUGCAAGUACACUUUUUAAAGAAUUUGUUAGAAUUACAGUGUUUAUUAUGGAACAAACAAUAGAACGAACCAUAGUGAGUUUGGGUGUAAACAAUUAUCACCCAUGGUGUGUGUAGUGAUAUACAGUAAAAAAUAUAUACUAUAUAUUUGAGUUGGACAUAUCCUGAUAAAACAAACAUAUCAUUAUCCAAGGCAUUUGUGCAGGGUAUAAAUAAAGCCUUCAUUUUAAAUAA